AUGAAUGGAUUUUUUGUGCAUUCAUUACUUUUAGCAAAAGAUUUUAAGUAGGUCAAAAUGAAUAAGUAAAUUAUUUAUAUAUUUUUAGACAUGUACUUAUUAUCCUGCCAAAAUAAAAUUUUAUUCUUGUAGAAUUUGUGUAGAUGAUGAAUAUUCAUCAAGGAUUGCAAUUCUGGUUGAAAAAUUAAUCUGCAAACCUUGAAUUACUGCUUUGA